AUGGCUCAAGGAAACCUAAAGUUGGCCAAAAAGAAGUCAGCCAGAGUCACGAAGCAUCAGAAAAACCCUAGGGCUGCUGCGCCAAAGAUUUUGAAACCAAGAAAGGCUAAUUCCGACGAGAAACAGCUGGUCAGACUUUCCAAGAAACAUUCAGCCACCUUGGUUGCCAGCACAGAGAAGCUGAUUGCAUCCAGAGUGGGUCAUCUUGAACUGAUCAAGGGAUCCAGAAAAGAGGUCGAGAAGAAGAAGAAAUAA